UGCUGAUCAGCUAUUAGGAAAGAGAGACCAGCUGAGUGCUUUGGGCCUGAACAACUUCGUACACUGACUCUCGUUUCAACUUCUUCAGCCUCACUCUCUCCGAAGCAAUGAGUUAUACAAGUUACAUCUUGGCUUUUCAGCUCUGCCUCAUCUUGGGUUCUUACGGCUGUUACUGCCAGGACACACUAACCAGAGAAACAGAACACCUAAAGGCAUAUUUGAAAGCAAAUACAUCAGAUGUGGCAAAUGGUGGACCCCUUUUCUUGAAUAUUUUGAGGAAUUGGAAAGAGGAGAGUGACAACAAAAUAAUUCAGAGCCAAAUUGUCUCCUUCUACUUCAAACUCUUUGACAACUUAAAAGACCAUGAGGUCAUCAAGAAGAGUAUGGAAUCCAUCAAAGAAGACAUAUUUGUGAAGUUCUUCAAUAGCAACCUCACUAAGAUGGAUGACUUCCAAAAUCUGACUCGAAUUUCGGUGGAUGAUCGGCUGGUCCAGCGUAAAGCAGUAAGUGAACUCUCCAAUGUGCUGAAUUUUCUGUCUCCAAAAUCCAACCUAAAGAAGCGAAAAAGGAGUCAGACGCUGUUUCGAGGUCGGCGAGCAUCCAAGUACUGAUCAACUCACCUGCAAUAUUUGAAUUUUUAUCUAAAUCUAUUUAUUAAUAUUUAACAUUAUUUAUAUGGAAAUCUACUUUUGAUGCAUCAAUUAAAAAGUAUUUAUAAUGGCAACUUUUAUGUAAUGAAAAUGAUUAUCUAUUUAUGUAUGUUAUUUAUAAUUCCUGAAUCAUGUAACUAUUUCACUUGACUCUUUUUUUCUCUGACUAAUUAGGCAAUACUAUGUGAUUAUAAGGCUUUAUACCUGGGGCCAAAUAGGCAACUAUUCUAAGCAAGAUCCUAUGCACUGUGCAUUUAUUUCACUUGAAUGAAUACUUGUGCACAAAAUUAUACAAUCUAGUUGCUGCCUGUACUGUCCAGUUGCUGCCUAUUUGAGAACAUGUCUGCAUUCUGAGCCACUGCUUUAAUGGCAGUCAAACAGCACUUGAACAUGUCAGGUGAUGUGACCUUGUCCUCUGAUAAAAACAGCAUCUCAGGAGAUUUCAUGCCUGGUACUUCUGAAUAUUGUUGACAACUGUGACUGCCCCUGAAUGGAAAGUAAUUCACUUGUUCAGUUUAUCAAUGUCUAAUAUAUAUGAAUAAAGUAUAAUUUUACA